AUGUCGGUACCGGCGGCGGCGGCGGCGGAAGCACGUGGUGGUGGGCGGAGUCGGAAGGGGCGGAGCCAGCCGUCGCCCCGCCCCGGGCGGCGCGCUGCCAUGCGGGCGGCGGGGCCGGUACCGGGAGGCGGCUCCGCUCCCGCUCCCGUUCCCCAGCUGCCGCGGGCGGGCCGGGGCCGGGGUCGGGGUGUCCGCCGGGCGCGGGCGUCCUUCGUGGACGAGUCGCUCUUCGGCAGCCCCGCGGGGGCCCGCCCGGUGCCGCCCGGCUUCGCGCCUCCCUGGGCGGCGGCGGUGGCGGCGGCGGCGGCUCCCGCUGCCGGUCCCCGGCCGAGGAGUAAGUGCAGGUUGAGGAGUCACACUCCGUCCUUCUGCGACGAGACCCUCUUUGGUACCAAGCCCGAGGGUCCGGCCUGGGCAGCUCCUUGGAUGAGGAAGGAAGAUGUGGCCAAGCUCCAUCCGCUGCUCUGGAGCCCACCGCCUGCCCCCCGAAACCAGCCCAGCCUUUGCCCCCGCUCCAGGGAGAUGCCCUUGAGAGCCGUCCACCCGCCAACCCCGGCGUCUCCGGCAACGGAAGGCUUCGAGGCGGGCCGUGAGGGCAAGUCCUGCGUCUGGAAGAAUCCCGAGAGCGGUUCUUGCUCCGAAGGCCGGGGUGUUCCCUGCAGAGGACGUUCUCAGUCUGUCGGCCGGCUGAACACCCCCUCAGACGGGCUCCGCCUGGCUUCAGACAACCUCAAGACGGAAAGGUGUAAAAACCGAAGCCCUGCGACAGCCCCUGCGACCCCCCGAGGCCCUCUGAUGAGGGGUCGGUCGAAAAGCGUGUCCGGACCUCCUUUGGCCAGGAACUCCACGGCAGCGGGUGGCUGCAAACCCAGGCCUCCCUGGAAGUGAAACCGAAUGUCCCUCUGGACAUAAAUACAGCCUUAGCCUACCCGAGACCACCCGGUGACCGAGUCCGUGAGGACCCUGGGCCUUUCCGUGGCUGGAAACGAAGGAUGGGGCUGCUCCGCGCUGGAGGACAAGCCAGGAGCCAAGGGUGACUGCAGCGUUGACGGGGCAGUGACCUCCCCGAGCAGGGCACAAUCCUGCAGCACCAGAGUGGGACAGCCUUGGUGGUAACAGCAGCUUCCCUUGACUGUCCGGUGGUCGUCAGAUGAGGUGUGAUAACGAGUCAGGUUCCUUCUGUCCAGGAAGUCCAGCCGGGAAGUCGGAACAGCAGGAGACAGGGCUGCCUUACGGCGUAGGUCCAGGGCCCAUCCAGGAGAAGGACCGGGCACAGGCACUGGGAAGCUGCUCUGAGGCCCCCCAAAACCGUCCCUUCUCCAGGCUGAACGAGCCCCAUUCCCUCAGCCUCCGCGCACAGGACGUGUGCUCCAACCCUGACCGUCUUGGUGGCUCUCUGCUGGCCUUGCUCCGUUCCAUCAACGCUUUAAUGAUCUCCUUUGUCAAGGAAGGAGAAGGGAGGACGAGCACAGAGGGCCAAGCCUUGUCCUUGGUGCAGACAGCACCUCUCGCUCAGCCUGGCAAGACAGCAGACACCAGUUACUGCAAGCCUGAGGGCCUUCAGCAGGUUUUCCCUGCACAUCCCUACGGAGGGAUCAUUUUACCUAUCCGAAAUCCGGGUAGAAUUGCCCCUGGCUGCUGAACUGAGCCUUCCCAAAGGGACCAAAAAAGGAAAUGUGCCUGAUGGGACUUUUCAUGAGGUGCCAAGUCCAAAUGCCUUCAUGAGGUGCCAAGUCCAAAUACCUUCAUGCUCCUUUGAGCUUCCCCCACCAGCCCUGACGUUGCAGACGGCCUCUGUCCACUGAUGGGGACUCUGACCGAGUACUGCGCACGUGGGUCAGAGCCUGCUUUGCCACCACUCUGAAGAAAAGGCCACAUCUGUGUGCUUUGGAUGGGGCUGAGCCUGAGCCGAGAGCUUUGCUGAGAAGCAGGUUAUAUCAGCGGUGCUGUAACCCAGCUAAUAUGCUGUGAGCUGUUGGGAAUGUGGGAAAAGCCAGGAUGCGUCUGCCUGCAGAAGGCCGAGGACAGGUAGUCUUGGUGGCACUCGGCAAUGAUUUAUUCCUUGCCCAUUGAACUAGUGAGCCAUGCGGAGGAGGAGGAGAAUUAGGGGAGCCAGCAGUUCUGGGGCUCGCUGCUCCAGCUGCCCUGGCAGAUAGGAAGCGAGAAUAACCUUAUGUUAUUAAAAACCUGAGAAGGUGAGGAUCCUUAUGAUUAGCACCGAGCUUUUGGGUCUCUCCCUACACUUUGCAUUGCAGUAGUCUGGCAGCUCUUCUCCACCUGGGUAAAAGCUGCAGGGACUUGAAAGCAAUUAGGGCCUUCUCAGAGGAGGCGUUGGGGGUGCUGACGUGAAUCUGAGCCUGUUCAGCUUAAUUGGAUGUCGGGCACAGUGACAUGCAAGCUGUUAAGCCUGCAGGUCUCUCAGUGGCCUAGGAGAGAAACCGAAGUGUGAUUUGGACACUAGAUGGAGACAAGAGGGUUAAGGAUUGACACAAAAGCGAGAGCCCUGUUCCCUAGCAGCAGGUGGGUGAGUCAGAUCCAGUGAGGUGAGUCAUCAGCAAACUGGGGUAACUGCCCCGAAUGCAGCAGAGAACGGCUGAACCCGAAAGCAGGACACAAGGUGCAAUAUUGGAGUGCUGGAGUACUUGAAAGAUGAAGCCUCUUAAAAUGAAGAGAGAUUUUUAUCUGAAAAACAAGUUAACAGUGGCUUGUAUGGCCAGGGGUGGCCGGUUUACCCCCAUUGCUGCAUUCAGGCUCCAAGGAAUCAAUGGGGGAAACUAGAACCCAUCGCAUCAGCCACACGCUUUCCUGUCCCACACUGGCCCAGGUUGUCACCGAGGGCUUUCAGGCCAUCAGGAGGUCAGAACUGGCACUUCCUCGCUAUUUACUCCACAAGGACAGUGUUGUUUAGGAUAUAAAUGGGUUGUUUGGAUUUCAUACUGCAGUUCUCACUCGCAUUUGAUGCUUUACUACUGCCCUGUCUUCUUGUUCUACCAGAGCUGUGCAGUCCAGCACGAGAGCAAAAGAUGCUCCGUCACUGCGGUGGGCUGCCCUGACUGUAGGAGGCUGGUGCUUGUGUGGAGCAAACACCAAGUCUGAGUAAAAUGAGGGAAAAUGUU